UGUCAUUCCGCUGUGCAUACAUGAGGAGAACACUACGGGACUGCCACGCUUGAUCUUUGCAUAAACCCAGAUGCCUCCCCUUCCUCUUGAUGAGCGCAUAGUGGUCAUCCAGCGCCCCAAAAACCUAACCCUUUGUGAGGCUUCCCCACAAACCAACCCGCAGCACUCAUCUCAAAUAUCAGCUUCCUCCAAUGGACACGCUCCUCAUCUCCACCCUUCGCAUUCCCAUUUCUAUCCACCAGCCUGCAAAUCUCUGACUCGGGAAUGCAAGCGCAGAUCCGCUCGUGUGCCCAAAUUCAAGAUCGAUCAACCGGUCGUCCCAGCAGAUGUCAGCCACAUCCCUAGUCACUGCCAUAGCAAUGGGACAGUAACUCUCGGCCCACGACUGCCCUCCCACACACAUACUAUUGAUAUCAGGGUGACAGUGGACAAAGGAGGACAGGGAGGAGGAAACAGCAACUCUUUAGAGCGCAGCGGAGGUGCAAAGGGGAGCAGAGGAAAAUGUGCCUCGUCACCGAUAGAUCAAGGACAAUGUGAGAGAAGAACUGGAACAGCAGGGAGGCCAGGUGGUGCCGAACACAAGUCACAGCAAAGUCGCCACAGUCAGCUGUCAACUUCCCCUGGAGGCAUCCUACAAUUCGUCCCAGCUCAGGCGCAGCAGCGAAGGUUCAGGAGUGAGAAGGAGAACACGAGCUUCCCUAACAGAGACCAGGAGUUUCCCUCUCUAGGUCACAAGAAGAGUUCCAAACUGGGAACUGUCCAUCAAAGCCACAGUCUGCCCUACCACCAAAACUCGGUCCCUGUGCCCCAUGCUGCCAUACUAAACUCCAACUACCCGUCACCCCCUCCCUCCCAACCCACCCAUGCCCCAGUCUCCUUUCAGCAAGUCAGCCAGCCGCACCCUUCUCGCACCAAGGACCUCCGCUCUCACCUUCUUCAUGGUCUACCCCUCUCCCCCUGCACCUCCAACGCCGGAGGCUUCCCCAGCCCUGACCAUACCUGCACAAUCGACUGCACCCGCCCAUUCAGUUGUGGCUGCUGGAGGUUGGUAAAAUGCAGAGGUUGUAAGGGACACACUGCAAGCUGCCAACGAGGGGGAGGAAGCACGUCCACCUCGUUCUCCUGUGUUCAUAAUGCUGGAGCAGUGAAGAGAGGAAGCAAAGAAAUGGGCCUGAGAAAUCUGGGGGGGUGUCUCUCCACCACCUCCACCUCCAACACCUCCUCUUCUAACAGCACUGUGUCCGACUGCCGGACAAGCCUGUUCAAACCUCUCCGCUGUGCCUCCUGCUCUGGAGAGGGCGGAAACUUCGAGAGUCCUGCUAUCCUUCGCAAAAAACUGGUAGGGGGAUGUCUGCCCUGUACCCCUCUGUCCUCUUCGGCCCCUCUCCGGGCGAUACAGAGCUGCGUCACAGGCUGCAACCCCAAAGCCUCUCAGACAGGCAGCUCCACCUGCAGCUACUGCAGCAGCGACCCCAUAGUGGUGACGUUUAACCCUCGCAGAGGCAAACCCCCGGGGAGAGCAGCUCAUCCGGCAGGUGCGUUCCAAGCCGAUGACGACGACUACAGCGUGCGUACUAUCUGGCCUGAAGAACUGGCCAAGAAGAUGACCCAUUCUAAGGCCCAGAAGAAUCACUGUGCCGGGAUGGGAGCAGAACUCGGGAAGACCUGCGCAAUCCAGGCCCAGGACGGUAGCAACGGAAAAGGCCUCGCCAUCCUGGACUGUCAAAACCUCCAGGAAUACGCGCAUUCUCAUCUUACAGACCGCGCUGGCCGACGACGUCUUCAGCAGGGGAAAAUGGCUGCUUUAGAUUUUAUGGGCCGCAGGUCAGGACCUAGUUAUGACGAAGGCCGGAACUCGCUUAAGAGGCUCCUGAAUAAAGCUGAAGAUGUAGAAGCUGAGCAAGACGGAGAUGCAGCAUAUCGACGUUCCCCCUCUCCACGCUCCGCCUCACCGCCGUCACCAGUGUCCUUUUCGCCCCCUCCGUCCGCCCCUAGCACACUCAUCAAACCGAGGCCCUGGCAGAGAGACAGGGAUGGAGGACAUUCGCUGCCCACGGCUCACUCGCUUCACCUGGCCCUCAACUCUCUGAACAGAGAGCAGGACGAGGAGAACAACAGAAUGCACCUUUCUCUACCGCUCUCGUCUUCCUUGCCUGCCUCUCUGUCCGAAGAGACCGCGAUGAGUCCCGAUGCGGAGAAUGCGGUGAUCAGUCCCAUCUUACCCUUCCUGUUUCUGGGGAACGAGAGAGACGCCCAGGACCUGGACCUGCUGCUGCGCCUCAACAUCGGCUACGUGGUCAACGUGACCACACACCUGCCGCUCUACCACGUCAAGUCUGGACUGCGCUACAAGAGGCUGCCUGCCACCGAUAACAGCAAGCAAAACCUUCGACAAUACUUUGAGGAGGUUUUCGAAUUCAUUGAGGAGGCAUAUCAGAGUGGACAGGGAGUGUUGGUCCACUGCCAGGCAGGCGUGUCCCGUUCUGCAACCAUCGCCAUCGCUUACCUUAUGAAGCACACCCUCAUGACAAUGACAGAUGCCUACAAGUACGUGCGGAGCCGUCGUCCCGUGGUGUCCCCGAAUCUCAACUUCAUGGGCCAGCUUUUGGAGUUUGAGAGGGACCUCAACUCCGGGGUGACUCCUCGCAUCCUGAUGCCUAAACUUAGCGGCGUGGAGACUCAGGUGUGAGGCAGGUCAGGAGCGUGUUCGGUACCUUCAGGUAAAGAAGACAUUAAAAUGGAAUGGAUGAGCAUCAAAAGAAAAAGAGCAGCACAUUGUAGAAGAGAGACAUGCUGAGAAAUAUUACAAUUGGGAAAUGGUGGCAAUUUGUGCACUUUUAAUACUGUGAUACAAAAGACUGGAUGCGACAUGUACGUGUUAAUUCUUAGACAUGAUCAUCAUCCAGCACGAUGUUUAUAAGAUGACGUGCCAAUAUUUUGUAUAGACCUGACAUCAGAUAUCUCACUUCUUUUUUUCUUCACCUCCUUUUUGUUCCCAUUGUUUACAUUCACAACCACACACAGAAAUGCAAUUAUUUUGUUGCCAUUAAUCUCAAAUGCAUGCAAAGCAGGUACGCAAACAAGACCAUACUUCAUGAACAUCACCACUCUGAUGUUCCCACCACAUGUAGCCAAACACAGGUCAUAACAAUGCACUUUACCUUUGAUGCGUUUGUUUCUUUUUGAACUACUGAAAUGUCACAAAUGUUUGGUUCAUAUAAUUGUGUUUUUUUAUAUUUGGAAACUGUGCAAUAGAGCGGCAUGGACCGAGCAGAAACAAGUUUAGCAUUAACCUAGGCAACUUGUAGCAAAAUGGAUA